GUCCUAGAACAGCGACGGUGCUUUUGUAUCAUAUCUAGUGGAUGAAGACAGUUAUGAAAGAAAAAAUACGUAAAACGAGGUCGACUGUCAAGUCGGCUUCGAUAAUAACAGUCCAAAUGCUUUUACAUUACUCACUAGACACUAGCAUUUGCCUAGGCCGGCAAGCGGGUACCCCCUCAUCCGCCCCAGAGCUUCUCCUCAUCUCUCCACGCUUUGUCUCCGCGCUUCCUCGGUCGAGAGACUCGAGACUCCAUAUCCCCCGGCUAUCAGAAUCGAGCCCCAAAGCUUGAAAUGCAUCAUGGUUCCUCCCUUCGUCAAUCCCAUCUUCUUUAUAUGCCUCCUCUUGGUACUACACCUCCAUCCACCUCCACCACAACUACAAGAUAACCCCCAAAAUCCAGAAUGAGUCCAACUGAACGCCUCGGCAAAGUCUUCGAUGCCCUCACCGGACGCGGGGCAACCCAGAGUCCCAAUGAGCUCCCCUGGAACCCUGAUGCCUCGCGGUUUCCCUCGCGUAAGGAGCUGCCCAAGGUACCCGGGGCUCCCGACCAAGCGGCCUGGGUAUGGGGGAAGGAUGAUCAGAUUGGCCGGUUGAACCUCCUCACCCCUACCAGGGUGAAAGCUGCAGCUGCGGAGAUUAAGACUGGUGAGAUGGUUCGAUUGGAUCUCCCUGCCGAUGUGCCCAAAACCCCAGCUUUCGGUCGAGAGGUCUUUGAGCAUAAAAUCAAGCCACUUGGUAGUGGCGUGGGGUACGACGAUGUAUAUCAUAUGAAUACCCAAAGUGGAACGCAAUGGGAUGGAUUCCGACAUUUCGCCCAUCUGGCCUCCAAGUGCUUCUACAACGGGGCUACAUCCGAAGAUAUCGAAGGCUCCAACCCCACAACUCGCUGCAGCAUCCACCACUGGGCAAACCACUGCAUUGCAUCUCGCGCAAUCCUUCUAGACUACAAGUCCUACGCUGAGUCAAAUAACAAAGACUACGACCCAUACACCAGUCACGCCAUCUCACACGCCGACCUAACCGCCUGCGCCGCAUGGCAAGGCCUGGAUAUCCGCCCCGAAAGCGCCGGCGGGAGCAUCCGACCAGGCGACAUCCUCCUCGUGCGCUCGGGGUUCAUACAGCGCUACUACUCGCUCUCGCCGGAGGAGCAAACCGCCGCUGCACUGCGCAGCCAUGGAGACAUUGCGUUCGCGGGCCUGAAGCAGGAAGAGGACGUGUUGGACUGGUUGCAUGAUUGCUAUUUUGCUGCGGUGGCCGGGGAUAGCCCAACGUUUGAGUGCUGGCCUGUUACGUCUACGGAAGGGGGGAGGGGCGCGAUUGGGUUUAUGCAUCAGAAUAUUCUGGCGCUUUGGGGCAUGCCGCUUGGGGAGAUGUGGGAUUUGGAGAAGUUGGCGGAGACUUGUAGGCGUUUGGGGAGGUGGACUUUCUUUGUGACGAGUGCGCCGGCGAAUGUUGUUGGUGGUGUGAGUUCGCACCCGAAUGCAACAGCUAUUUUUUAAUUUAUAUUGUCGACAUCAGUUUGGCACGAGUGAUCAGGUUGAGGCAAGAAGAGAUGCAAUGAAAAUGCAUCAAAAACAUCAUAUUCAGUUAUCGCAGUUCGUAAUUCAUUCAUGUAUAUUCGUGGUUUCACAUGUCUCAUCGUAUCGACC